AGGGGAAAUAUAAAGGAUUUACACCUUAAAUAUGUAUUAAAAUUUAAUGAGCUGGUGUGCGUGCGUUUCUGUGAAAUAAUUUAAUAAAUUCUUGUAAAAUUUUUAAUUUUUGAAUAUUCUUAAAAAAAAAAACAAAAACAAAAUGUGCGAAUUCAAAGAUAAACAAGAUAGUGUAGCCUCUGAGAAAACUAAAUUAACGGUUGCCACUGUCGAGGGUGGAAAUAUUAUCGCCGGACAACCUGAAUUAAGUAAAGGCACCGAGUAUUUUGAAAAUGCCUUAGAAGUGACCACUUUUGGUAAAUUUAAUUAUCUUUUGAUUUUAAUAUCUGGGGUAAUACUUGCGAAUGUUUUAUUGGAGACAUUGGGUAUUAGUUUUGUGCUGCCUGUAUCGCAGUGUGACCUUAAUUUAACAGUUUAUCAACGUGGUGUGAUGAGUGCGAUCGGUUUUGCUGGCAUCAUUAGCAGUUCGCAUCUAUGGGGCUUUUUAGCUGACACUACAGGUCGUCGAAGUAUUAUAAGACCCACAUUACUAAUGGGAUUCGUGUUUACCGUUGUUUCAAGUUUUUCAACAAAUUUUUGGUCUUUAGUCAUUUUACGAUUUCUUAACGGAUUUUGCAUUUCCGGCGGUUCGGCCACAAUUUAUGCUUAUUUGGGCGAAUUUCAUACUGAAAAGAAUCGUUCGCGCGCUAUAAUGAGCUCAGCUUUCAUAUUUGGUGUGGGUGCUAUGAUAAUGCCCGGCAUCGCCUGGUUGGUUAUUAAUCAAGAAUGGCGUUUGCCCUUAACUUUCUUGGGUCUCACCUAUAAGCCUUGGAGAUUAUUUAUGGUUGUGUGCGGUAUACCUGGCCUUUUAUGCGGUUUAAGCUUAUUCAGAAUUCCUGAAAGUCCGAAAUUCUUGCUAAGUCAAGGUCAUGAAGAGCAAUGUUUGCAAGUUUUAAAAGAUAUUUAUCGCUUUAAUACGGGCAAGUUAAAAGAAACAUUCCCGGUUGCUCAUGUAAUCGAAGACUUAGAUAAUAAUACACGACGUCAUUCUACUGAUGAGAGAGAUAAAAAUCCGAUAACCGCUCUAUUAAAAUCAAUGUGGUCUCAAACUCAGCCAUUAUUCAAUCGGGAAUAUGUAAUGACCACUGUAUUAAUAUGUACCAUACAAUUUUGGAUAUUUGUUACCUCGAAUGGCAUGUAUAUGUGGUUCCCGGAUAUUUUAAAUAGCGUUGCCGAAUUUAUGAACGCUAAUCCGAGUAGUAGCGCCUAUAUAUGCAAUGUGGUUUACGAGAAGCACGAAAGUAUUUUAAAAUUUGAGUUGGCACGAAACGUGUCCGACACGAUGAUGGAGCGAUGCAAUGAAAAAUUGGACAUAUCCACCUAUCAAAAAUCGCUUAUCCUGGAAUUCCUAUACGCUGUAGGCUUCGCCUGUAUCGGCGGCAUUAUUAAUAAGAUUAGCAAACGUAGCAUAUUAUUUUUUUGCUUAGCCGUUUGCGGUGCUUGUGGGAUAGCGGCUCCGCUUAUCAAUCAACCGAAUUUUGCCCUCUAUAUGUAUUUAAUACUUUUACUAUGUGGAUUGGGUAUAAAUGUUUUAAGUGCCGCCACAGUUGAUCUUUAUCCGACUCGACUAAGAGCUAUGGCUGUUUGUAUAUCUUUGAUGAUGGGACGCUUGGGUAGUGUAGUCGGUGCUAAUAUUGUAGGCGCUCUUAUUACCAAUCAUUGCGAGAUUACGUUCAUAUCCUCGGGCGUUUCGUUAAUAUUGGCAGGACUUUUAGGUUUUUUCAUACCGAAUCCAGCCAAAGAUCGCAUACCAAUAGAUACUCGCAGACGUUCCAGUUUGGUUUCAAUGACGGGGAACUGAAUUAUUUGCUUAAUGCUUAAUAUACCUAUACGCACAAUUGUACCUAAAAAUGCAUACAUAAAACACACAAACACAAAACACACACACACACACACACACACACAUUUUAUAUAAAUUUUAUAUUAAUUUAAAGUUGUGAGUCCUUUCCUUCGAGCAGUCAUAAUCCAAUCCACAUAAGUCUGAUUUCUAAUACAUUAGCUAAUCAUAACGUGACUACACUUAU